AUUUACUUAUCUCUAAUUGAGCUGUCAGUGUGACUAUUUAAUUCGCAACGAUUACGGUUUUACCAUUAUUAAGCAAAAAUGUUGCGAGUGAUUUCUACGACGUUAGCUAAGAGCUCAAAUUUAGCUGCAACAGCCGCGACGGCUUCGAUGCAAAUUGGAAGCUUUCGGAAACAAAGUACAAUAAUUAAACAAAGCGAUGGUGUUCGUGAAAUCGUUUUGAAUGAUCCAAGAGCACGCAAUACACUUUCUUGCGAAGUAAUGUCAUCGAUAUUUGACGGCAUUACAAAGGAUGUGCAUGACGAAAGUUUGCGUUGUAUUGUAAUUAGUUCUACCGGUCCAGUGUGGUCAGCAGGACAUAAUUUGAAGGAAAUCUCGGCAUCCAGCGAUGGCGGGCAUGCGAUCUUCAGUCAACUUGUUGAUAUAAUAUUGAACAUUUAUAAAUCGCCCGUGCCAAUUAUAGCGAAAGUUAAUGGCAUGGCAACUGCUGCAGGUCUACAGUUGGCUGCUUCAUGUGACAUGGUUGUGGCAUCUGAUAAAGCCAGUUUUGCUGCUUCAGGCGUUAACAUUGGUAUAUUCUGCACUACACCGGGUAUUGCCAUAUCGCGUGUUAUGCCACGUAUGAAAUCCUCUUACUUGCUCUUUACUGGUUUCCCUAUCAACGCACAGGACGCGCUAACGGCAGGUUUAGCUAGUGUUGUGGUGCCAGAAGCACAAUUAGAUGCUGAAACUAACAAAAUAACACAAUCGAUAAAGGAGAAACCACGCGCUAUAUUAGCCAUGGGUAAAAAGUUUUACUAUAAGCAAUUGGGCUUGAGUGUCAAGGAUGCUUACGAUCAAGGCACAGACGUAAUGGUUAAAAAUAUCGGUAUGGAAGAUGCGCAAGAGGGUUUAAAGAGCUUCGUUGAGAAGCGCAAACCAAAUUUCAAUAAGAAGUGAUUCGUGUUAAUUAAUUGUUGAAAUUAAGUUGGUUGCCUUGAUUUCCUAAACAAAUGUUGUUAAAUCGCGCAUUUUAUGGAUGUGUGUGGCUCGAUUUGCAACUCAAAUGCAUUUAUUUUGUGUCUUAAAGAGUUAAUAAAAUAUAGAUUGUAUAUAGUUAAUAACUAUACAUAUUUCCUGCUGUCAUCAGCUUAGUACAGUAGCGGGUUUAACGGUACAAGUACUUACUUUCAUGAUAUUGGAAAUUAUUUUUGUAAUAAAUAUUUGUGGUGAACUGAAU